AUGGGGAGCGUAGUCGGUCUGGUUGGGGGCUCCGCGCGUUGCGGGCAGUCACAUGGGUCCGAGGUCGCCAGGUUGACCUCCCCGAGCGUUGGAAACUUGUCUGAGAUCAUGCCCAGGUCUACACAGGCCGUACGAGAAAGGAAUAUACGGUCUGAGGUGUCUGUCACGUAUGCGAUUUGGCGCGUCUCCAAUCUACGGGCGUCGCUGCUGGUACCAGCGAACCUGACGACGGCGGCCCCGAGAAUCCGUAUUCCCUCAUCGUUUGCGGCCUUCAUCGUCAUGGAUACGGGAAUAAGCUCUAACUCGGACCCCAACUCGGACCCUAACUCGGGCCCUAACUCGGGCCCUAACUCGGGCCCUAAUUCGGGCCCUAACUCGGGCCCUAACUCGGACCCUAACUCGGGCCCUAACUCGGGCCCUAACUCGGGCCCUAACUCGGGCCCUAACUCGGGCCCUAACUCGGGCCCUAACUCGGACCCUAACUCGGACCCUAACUCGGACCCUAACUCGGGCUCUAACUCGGGCCCUAACUCGGGCCCUAACUCGGACCCUAACUCGGGCCCUAACUCGGGCUCUAACUCGGGCUCUAACUCGGGCCCUAACUCGGACCCUAACUCGGGCUCUAACUCGGGCUCUAACUCGGGCUCUAACUCGGGCCCUAACUCGGGCCCUAACUCGGACCCUAACUCGGACCCUAACUCGGGCUCUAACUCGGACCCUAACUCGGACCCUAACUCGGACCCUAACUCGGGCUCUAACUCGGGCUCUAACUCGGGCUCUAACUCGGACCCUAACUCGGGCUCUAACUCGGGCUCUAACUCGGGCCCUAACUCGGGCUCUAACUCGGACCCUAACUCGGACCCUAACUCGGACUCUUAA